AUGGGCGAACCCGUGGUCGCUCCGCGCGCCCCCGCGGCGGCGGGAGAUGCUAGGACCGCCGUGGAGACCGCGCGCUGUGGCGCGGUGGCGCCGUCGCCUGCCGUGGCCCCGGCGGUGGCGGGCGGGGGAGGGGGAGGGGGAGGGGAAGGGAGGCGGGUGUUCUCCGUGGAGCUCCGGCCUGGGGAGACCACCAUUGUGUCGUGGAGGAAGAUGCUCAAGGAGGCCGGCGCCUUGCCGACCCAUCUGCCGGCCGCGGCGGCACGGCCGCUGGUCGGCGCUCUCCCUGGACCAUCUGGUGCGAAACAUCCUACUGAAAAUGACCCUGCUCAAUCAAAUCGAUUCAAUGCAGUUAUUGAGAAAAUUGAACGCCUUUACAUGGGCAAAAACAGUAGUGACGAGGAAGAUUUGGUUGUUGUGCCUGAUGAUGAUCAGUAUGACACAGAAGAUUCGUUUAUUGAUGAUGAUGAAUUGGAUGAAUAUUUUGAAGUUGACAAUUUGGCAGCCAAGCACAAUGGUUAUUUUGUAAACAAAGGAAAAUUGGAACAAAUUGAGUUUGACCCAGUACAGACUGCGGAGCCAAAGAAACGAAGACGGAAAGACUCAUCGAGUUCAUACAUUGAAAAUAACAAGGAAUUUGCUCUGGGUUCUUCAUCAUACAUAGACAUGCCUUUAAAAGACUUUAAAAGAAGAACUCUGCAAACGGAGAAGAACAAUAGUAACGCCCUUGAAAGAGUCCAGAAAAAGAAUUUCAGUGAUCCUACAACUGGUGCUGAGUAUGCUGCACAUCUUAAGAUGACAGCAUACCGGGACAAGGAUGCUCCAGGACAUCUUGGCGUCCAACAGGAAAAAGCCUCUAACGAGGCGAAUCAAGAUUUAUCAAAGAACACGCACCACAACGAGAAACAUAAUGCCAGUGAAAUUUCUGGUUUGAAUAUUGCCAGUAGCAUCUAUUCAACAGAAACAAUGCAUUUGGCCACAAAAGGCCGUAUAGAAGGUUCAGGUACCAAGACCAAGGGCACCAGACUUGAACGAGCUAUCCGUGACCUCCAAAACAUUGUCACUGAAUACAAACCGCAGAUUCUUGAUGUACAUGAAGCUGAGGCAAAUUGCCAGGUAGCAGUUAAAAGAAGAUUGCCACAAGAAGUAAAACAAAAACUUGCUAAGGUCGCAAGGUUAUCGGCAAAUCAAGGAAAAAUCUCAGAACGUGAAAUGAUCAAUCGUCUCAUGGGCAUAGUUGGCCAUCUUGUGCACCGUAGGACACUGAAGAGAAACAUGAAAGAAAUGGUUCAAUCAGGUUUGAGUGCUAAACAAGAGAAGGCUGGGAAAUUGCAACAAGUGAAAACGGAGAUCUAUGAAAUGAUUAAAACACGUCUAGCCACCAAACCUAAGGGUGCUGAACAUAAGGAUGAAUCUACAAAUGGUUUUCAGGAUGCUGUUACUAAUGAUGACAGAAGGGCCUUGAGAGGAAAAUCUAUUAUGGAUACUGUAUUGGAGGACAGGAUCUGUGACCUAUAUGAUCUCUAUGUUGAGGAUAUGGAUGAAGACAAGGGCCCUCAAAGUCGUAAGUUGUAUGUAGAGCUUGCCGACAUGUGGCCUCAGGGCCACAUGGAUAAAAUUGGAAUUCGGGAUGCUAUUUCUAGAUCACAGAAGAGAAGGAAUUUAUUAUACAGGCAGAGGAAGGUCCGCAAUGACCAGAGUCAGGCUGCUGCUGCCAAGUUGCGUGAUUGCAACCCUGCCGCCCCACGGCCUUCACAGGCCCAGCAAAUUACGCAGCAACCCAUGAAAGUCUCUCAGCCAUCUACGACAGGCACACAAACCAUGCAGCCGAGCAGCAGAAAUGUCGAGAAAAUUCGUGAAACGAGUGUCGGUGCAGGGCCGGACAGCAACCGGAGUUCUACUGAAAUGAAGAAGCGUAAACUACACUCUUCUGAGGAUAGGCAAGUUAAGGGCACUCACACUGCAGGCGUGCCCUCGAAUGCCACCUAGGCCCAAACCACACAUAGGCAACUUGGCCCACAGUGCAGGCCACCCAAGGAGCAGAGUGGGGGCAAUGCAAUCAAGGCCAGGCAGUCCGCAGUGCAUGUCUUCAGCCCAGUAGCCCGAAAUGUAAAAAGACAACCUUGUCCCCGUCAGGGGUAUUGGCCCAAAACGAGGUGGGCAUUGCUCUCCCCCAUGGUUCGUAUUCUUGGAGAAGUCGUAUAGUCGAUCUCUCCCCUUUCCCGUUCACUUUGUCAUCGAUUCGACGGCGACGAUAACACGAUGAAGCGGCGCAGCGGCAAGCGAACGGCAACCCGGGAGGUCAAGCUAGAGGUCAAGAUGGAGGACGGCAUUGGGACGUCGGCGGGCAGGAGUAGGCGUCUUCGUGCGACGGCUGUACGCGCGGGCAGGAGGGGCCCGUCGCCGUCGUCGUCCGACCGGCCGUCAUCGCCGUAUCCACCGGAGCAAACACAUCGAUGGAGUCAGAUGCCGAGGUAACCCCCUUUGAUAUCUCCCGUCCGGAUUCGUCUUCCGCAGGGGGAGGUCUGAUUCCUCCAGCAUCCUCGUCUGGACCGAACCGAGAAGGCGAACGGUGAUUGUGCUGGAGAGCUCGACCAAUACCUCCUCCCAUCGCACCUACAAUGGACCAUCGGACGAGCACAAUCCCGGAGCACUGUCGGAGCAGUCGCCGCAACGGGCAGCAUCAGCGGCUGGUAGUCACGGAGAUGCGACCGGGGCCGAAGGGCAAAUUCUGGCGGUCGGUGGGAUUCGUAACGCCGGCGAUAUCGAGAUGGAGGUGACGAAGAUGAAGGGAGCACUUGCAGCGUUUGCUUGUGGGUUCAUGGCUGUCACAUGGGUCGUUGCUGUUUGGUUGUUCUAGGUUUUAGUUGGGACUUGGGGUUAAGCUUUUGGGCAGGAUGGGUUGUUAGCAAUGAUCGAAUGGCUGACGUAUGUGUAUAUUUUAUAACCUGGAUCGGGUUAGCACUGGCACUGUGCCUUUCAGUUAUGUAAUGUGGCACUUCGGUUGUGGGUGUUUGUCUUUUGGGUAGGGUGGUCACAAAAUGAACCUUGUUAUGUGCUAUUAUGACAAGCUAAUGACUCGUUGCAGUGCUGUUA